AUGGCAACGAUGACGGACCAGUACGGUACGACAGGGACCCUCACCCUGAAGUGGGACCCCCGUAACCUUGAGAUACGGACCAUGUCUGUGGAACGGACUCUUGAACCGCUCGUCUUGCAGGUCACUACGCUAGUGAAUAGCAAGGAUCGGGAUGCCAAGAAGAAGAGGCCUGGUAAAUCCAAGCGGGCCAGCGCUUUAGUGGCGACCGUGGAACGAGCGACGGAAAUCUUCAUUGAGCGCGGACAGAACAUCGCGUACGAGAAUCCGGAGAUCACACAGCAGAUGUUGACCGCUGUCGAGGAGGUCCGGAAGGCUGGAGCAGCGAUGAGCCUCGCCGCCCGAGAGUUUUCAGAAGAGCCGUGUGCGUCCCAAGUACGCGGCGGAAUGGUACGAGCCGCUCGAGCGUUGCUAUGCGCAGUCACCCGACUGCUAAUAUUAGCUGAUAUGGUGGACGUACAUUUACUACUGAACAAGCUUAAUACUGUGGAAAACGACUUGGACAAGCUGAAAUCGGCGUCAUCUCAAUCUGAGCUCUUGGAAUCAGCUCGCCAGUUCGGUCGAUCAGCGUCUGAGCUCGCCGCGCAGGCUGCUAAGCGUCAACGCGAGCUGAAGGAGCCGCGGAUGAAGGACGAGCUCGCCGCCGCGAGGGCGGUGCUGAAGAAACAUUCUACUAUGUUGCUUACCGCUUCUAAGGUGUACGUGCGGCACCCGGAGCUGGCGGCGGCGAAGGCCAACCGCGACUACGUGCUGCGCGCCGUCUGCAGCGCCGUCGACAGCAUCUCCGCCGUCGCCAAGGGACAACCCAUCCCUGUCGUCGGUGGUAACCGGCCCGUGGAAGGUCCAGGUGAACUGGCUCAAGCGCUCGAUGAUUUCGAUGAGCGUAUGGUGAUGGAGCCGCUAGCGUACUCGGAGCUCCGCACUCGUCCGUCCCUGGAGGAACGACUCGAGUCCAUCAUAUCCGGGGCUGCACUCAUGGCCGACAGCUCGUGUACUAGGGACGAGCGUCGCGAGCGCAUCGUAGCGGAGUGUAACGCGGUGCGACAGGCCUUGCAGGAUCUACUGCACGAGUAUAUGGCUAAUACGGGCAAGCCGGAGCAGUCGGCGGGGCUGGAGCGCGCGAUAGAGAACAUGUGUCGGAAGACCAGGGACCUGCGGAGGCAACUGCGGAAGGCCGUCGUCGACCACGUGUCCGACAGUUUCCUGGAGACCAACGUGCCGCUGUUGGUACUGAUGGAGGCAGCCCGCAAUGGCAACGAGAAGGAGGUCGAGGAGUACGCCGUCGUCUUCACUGAACAUGCCAACAAACUCGUCGAGGUAGCCAACUUAGUGUGCUCGAUGUCUAACAACGAGGAUGGCGUGAAGAUGGUCCGUCACGCUGCGGAGCAUAUCGAGGCGUUGUGUCCACAAGUGAUCAACUCGAUGGUGGUGCUGGCGGCGCGGUCGCGGUCGCGCGUGGCGCAGGAGAACGCGGCCGCGUUCGCGCGCGCCUGGGACCGCGCCGUCGCCACGCUCACGCUCGCCGUCGACGACAUCACCACCAUCGACGACUUCCUCGCCGUCAGCGAGAACCACAUCCUGGAGGACGUGAACAAGUGCGUGGUGGCCCUGCAGGAGGGAGACCCCGACUCGCUCGAGAGGACGGCCGGCGCCAUACGGGGCAGAGCCGCCAGAGUAUGCUCAGUGGUGACGCAGGAGAUGGACAACUACGAACCUUGUAUCUACACCAAGCGAGUGUUGGAGGCAGUCACUGUGCUCAGGGACCAAGUGAUGUCGAAAUUCGGCGUGCGCGUCGACGCAGCAGUCUCCGCGCUUGGCGGCGGCACCGGCGCGGCUUUGGACGAAAACGACUUCAUAGACGCCAGCCGUUUGGUCUAUGAUGCUGUCAGGGAGAUUAGGAGGGCUGUGCUAAUGAACAGGGAUGAGGAGGAGCUGGACCCUGAAGAUGUGGAAUUAGAUGAGCAUUACACCUUGGAGACACGUAGCAAAUCCAGCGCACACACUGGUGAACAUGGCGUUGACGAAUAUCCUGAUAUCAGUGGAAUUACAAAUGCUAGGGAAGCUAUGCGGAAAAUGACGGAAGAAGACAAACGCAAGAUCCUCCAGCAGGUGGAGCUGUUCCGUCGCGAGAAGAUGACGUUUGACAAUGAAGUGGCGAAGUGGGACGACGCCGGGAACGAUAUCAUCAUGCUCGCUAAACAUAUGUGCAUGAUUAUGCUCGAGAUGACAGACUUCACCAGAGGGCGCGGUCCUCUCAAGACCACAAUGGAUGUCAUCAACGCGGCCAAGAAGAUCUCCGAAGCUGGUACCAAGCUGGACAAACUUACGAGGGAGAUCGCUGAGCAGUGCCCAGAAUCUUCGACUAAGCAAGACCUGCUGGCGUACCUGCAGCGCAUCGCCCUCUACUGCCACCAGAUACAGAUCACAAGCAAAGUGAAGGCCGAUGUACAAAAUAUAUCCGGAGAACUUAUCGUUAGCGGGAAUAACUCCGAGGUGCAAGCCCAGAACAACAGUGGUAUUAUAGUGUCAGGGUUGGAUAGCGCCACUUCUCUCAUCCAAGCGGCUAAGAACUUGAUGAACGCCGUCGUACUGACUGUGAAGGCGUCGUACGUGGCCUCCACUAAAUAUACAAGGCAGGGAACGAUUGCUUCACCAAUCGUAGUGUGGCGUAUGAAGGCUCCGGAGAAGAAGCCCUUGAUCCGGCCGGAGAAGCCAGAAGAGGUCCGCGCCAAAGUCCGCCGUGGGAGCCAGAAGAAACAGCCAAGCCCUAUACACGCGCUCGCCGAGUUCCAAAGCCCGGCUGAAAGUGUUUAG